UACUUCAAUAACAACUGACGCAAUUAGAAUGGUUUUUGCGUUAUUUCUAAUAAUUGAUUGUGCAAAAUAAUGGAUUUUAUAUGCGUGAAAAAAUUUAAAAAAAUUUAUAUACAUAUUGAAACAUAAUAAAAAAUACAUUUGAAAUGGACACCUCACUAGAUGUGGGGUUACAAAGUAGCCUAGUUGAUUCGUUAGACCUCUUUAAGGAUGAAGAUGCACUGACAAUGAUAAAGGAAAUGAUUCCACCGGAUAUGCUUAAUAAUAUAUUUGAUGAUAUUGAUCAAAUGGAAUUGCCAGAUGAUAUAUUGUUACUGGGUCCAGAAUCCCCAUUAAUCGAAUGUAAUUCGGAAUUGGAUACUAAACAUAUAAAAACUGAAAGUAUGCCAAAUGCGUUACAAUUAAAAACGGAACAAAUGCCCUUACUGCAAGUAAAACAAGAAAGUCCAACAUUACAACAUUCUGCUCAUUUAACAUCUGAUGUAUCACCAAAAAUGCAAUCUCCUAUCUACAAACCUUUAAUUUCAUCAGAUCCCCUAAUGGGAUCCAACUUUACACCAGUGUCAACAAUAAUAAAUCAAAUAAGUGUUUCACCAACAAUUUAUCAACCAAGUAAACAUUCAACAUCUUUGGAAUAUCAACAAACUAAAACUGUACCAGAAACAACUCAACAUGUAUCCAAUAAUUUAUUACAAACUUCUAUAACACCAACUAUACAAAUGAAUCAAAUAACUUCAACCAACACUUCAAUUCCUCUUUCACAAACGUCGUCAUCCAUGCAUAACCUAUCUUCCUUGCUCACGACAGCCUAUCCAAGUAAUACAUUCGUAUUUCAGUCUAAUUCCCAAUUGCCUGAUAAACAAGUACAAAUUACAAACUCUACCAUCGAUCAUAAUGUUCAACCAUUUACUAAAAAGCUGCAAACUUUGCCUCAAGUCUUGACUGUACAAAGUAUCAUGCCUGAUUCGAAACCGUCUAACAUUUCGUCACAACAAAAUUCGAAGUACUCUGCAAAUAGUCAACAACAACAACCAAUUUUUAUACAAGCUAACCCUACGCUAAUGUAUACCACUACUACUGCUAGUCCUGCAACUUUAGUUAAUGGUACCACUAUUUUGGCAUCACAUAUACCUGUUGUGCUAGAGCAAGCUACAUCAUCAAAUGUCAACAAACCUGUGAAUAAUAUUGAAAAUAAAGUGCCGAUUAACAGAGUACAACCAAAAGUUAAAGAAGUCAAACGUUCAGCGCAUAAUGCUAUAGAACGUCGUUAUCGUACUUCGAUUAAUGAUAAAAUUACUGAGUUAAAAAAUCUGGUCGUUGGUGAAGCCGCAAAGCUAAACAAAUCAGCAGUUCUAAGAAAAUCCGUUGAUAAGAUUCGCGAUUUACAUAGACAAAAUUGUGAACUAAAGAUGGAAGUAAAACGCUUACAGAAUGAGUUAUUGCGUCAUGAAGGUUCAAAUGUUAAGAAUUUAUUACAAUCUGUAAUAGUACCAGAAGUUGUAGGCAAAAAGCGCAAACAUUCAUCUGAUGAAUCCAUGCUUUAUACAAAGCAAGAAUUUAUGACGCCGCCUCGUAGUGAUGAAUCAAAUCCUUCACUUUCACCACCACAUUCAGAUAUUUCUUUGCCUCCAUCACCAUUUGGCGGUUCCACUACUAGUAGUAGUGGAGCGAGUGUUAAAGAUGAUGUAGAAAUAGUUCCAACAACAACUCGUGGAAUGGCUACUCAUUCACGUUUAGCGUUAUGCAUGUUUAUGUUUGCUAUUUUGGCAGUUAAUCCAUUUAAAAACCUUUUAAACAAGGGUGCAGAGUUCGGAACUGAAGAACAUAGUGAAGGUGUAUUAAUAAGACGCACAAGAAGUGUUCUUUCAAUUGAUGAUCAUUAUAAUAAAAGCAGUUAUUCGGUAUGGGAAGCUAGCAUGUCCACACUUUUUAUAUGGAUAUUGAAUUUGAUAGUUUUACUGGUAUGCAUGAUUAAGUUACUCGUUUACGGCGAUCCUUUAUUAGGAACAGAUACAAGUGCUUCAACAACUUACUGGAAACACAAAAAAAUUGCUGAUCAAUACUUUAAUGAGGGAAAUUCGAAGGGUGCAUAUAUAGAAUAUCAAACAUGUUUACAAAUAUUCGGUAUUACCCUACCAACUUCACGUUUCGAAACGUUUUCUUUUAAUACUUGGCAAUUUGUACGUUUAUUUUUCCAUCGCAUUUGGAUUGGUCGCUUUUUAUCACGUAAGGCCGGAGGUUUCUUUUGUCGCACCGAGCAACGUAAAGAGGCACUUUCAUCAGCACGUGAAUUAGCUCUUAUAUUCAAUCGAUUGAAUCAAUUGCAUAUGACUACAAAUAGAAAAGAUUCGCACGGACUUAUGAUGUCUUUGUUUGCUAUAAAUAUGGCAGAAGUCGCGGGAAAUGUAUUAAGCCCUAAUGAAUUGGUUAAUAUAUAUAUUACAUCUGCUUUACGUGUAAAGAGGAGUUAUCCAAAGUGGUUAAAAUUUUUUGGUCGCUAUUAUAUGAGCAAAGCAAAACAUGAAAACGCUAAAAUACGCGAUCAGAACUGCAACACGAAUUGGGCUUUUACGCAGCACGGUUAUCGGUAUUUCGUUACACAUAACUUCAAUUUUGACCAAGAGGCAGAAGAAGGUUUCUUUUCUAAAUUAAAUAAUCCUUCCGAUCCAAUGUCUUACAUUGUUAAGAACUAUCGGGAAUAUUUACUGCAUAAAGCGAUACAAUGUCUAGUUGGUGCAGGGUAUAAAUCAACUAAUCGCGUAAAACACGAUGAAAAAGGUGAAAAACUUAGCAGUGCUAAUACAUCUACCAAUGGUCAACUAGCUGGUACCAUUGUAACAAAUGUUUUAAAAUACACUUCUCUCUUGCGGAAUACAAUAUUUGAGGAUGAAAGGGACGUUAAUGUGGAAUGGUGGGCAAGUGUUCUUGAAGUCGCAGUCCAUUGGUUAUUGGGUGAAGAUAUAUUAGCUGAAGAUCUUUACAAUAGUGUGAAGUUGUUACCUAAAAAUCUAUCUGAGAACACUGAUAAUUUGCCCAAAGCUCUACAUACUAUUUUACAAGCAAAAAUGCAAUUAAUGAUUUCUACUAAGUUAAAUACUUCGGAUAGACAUAUAAUAACAAAAAUUUGUGAUGAAUCGAGUGCCUCUUUGCAAGAGUGUUUAACUAUAAACAAAAUAUCUAAUGCCAAGGAAAUUAAACUGUUAUUCCAAUUGCUCACGUGUGAUUGGAUAUUAGAGACUCGAACUCAAAUAUGGGAGAUUGAAUAUGUCACUAUGGAUGAUGAUGGCUACUAUCAGGUGCCUGGUGAUGUUUUAGAAAAAUUUCAAAAUGAUUUAAAUUCACUUCGUAACAUUGUCGAAUACAUACCAAAUGGUCAACCACGUAUAUUUUUAUAUGAAGCAGUUUGUCGAUUAAUGGCUGGUGCUUCACCCGGCCCUACGCAACAAUUACUUCACAGAAGCUUGCGUUAUCGUCAUUCCCGAUCUUCUAUAAUUUGUGGCGGAAAAGAUAAAAAUCAAAAUUUUGAUGGCGGAGAGAGGGAGCGCGCUGCUGCUAUGUAUGUUGCAUGCAAAUAUUUGCCAUCUGCAUUACUAUGUUCUCCCGGCGAAAGAGCGGGAAUGUUAGCUGAAGCAGCUAAGACCCUUGAAAAGGUGGGCGAUAAGAGAAAAUUAAAAGAGUGUUAUCAAUUAAUGAAAUCACUUGGUAGUGGAUCUGCCGUUACUAAUUAAAAACGACGAUUUUAAUAUAUAUUUAAAACAUAUUUAGUUUUAAUUUGUUUUUUAAAUUAUUGUAUUUGUUGUUGUGAUACGCACUUUAACAGAAUUCUGUAUGACAUUUUUAGUUAUAUUAAGCACUGCUUGUGUACAUCUUCAAGGUGUGGUAAGAAUCAUAUAAACUGACAUUUCUGGUGUUAUUUAAAUAAAAUAUUUUGUUAAACUUAAAUAC